AUGCUUAUUAAAUAUUUUCUAUGGAAAAAUAUUUUAAUAAUUUUAUAUUUUAUUCAUUUAAUAAACGCAACUACUUAUAAUAAUCGUGAAAAUCUUGCUCAUCGACAUCCAUGCACUCCGAUUAACAAACGCCUAGAGCCAUACAUAAAAUGGACUGAAAAACUUGCAAGUACACAAUAUAAAGUACAAAAAGAUGCUUGUGGUCAGAUGGGAUCUGGUCCAGCAUGUUGUACGAAUGAAAUAUUUAAUUCUUAUGCUUUGUCACUUAGUAAUGACCUAAAGAUUUUAUUCGAUGAUAAAUUAAGUCAAUUACCAAAAUUAUUGUCAGAAUCAAAUAGAAAAAUUGGCAUUUGGACAAAAGAAUAUCUAAAAGAAUCCCAUCGUUUAACAAUAUUAUCUUUAGAAACUUUAUUUGGUGAAAUAGAAUAUCAUACAAAUAUUCAUCAUACAUUAACAACAUUAUUUAAUAUUCUUGGUAAUCAUCAAUCAACUGGUGAUGAUGUAUCAAAAUCAACUAUAAAUUUAUUUAAUCAACUUAUUCUUUCAUCUUAUCGUCGAUUUAUGACAUAUGAUAAUGAAAUUAUAUUUGAUGAACAUUUAAAAAAAUGUUUAAUAACGACAGCAUUUUCUAUUGAAGCAUUACCUACACAACGUGAAUUACUUUAUACAUUAACAAGUGCUGCUUCAUUAUUAGAUAUACUUCGGACGUUAUUUAUUUAUAUUGCUGCUGAUAUUCAACGUUUACAAACAACAGCAACACUUAAUUCACAUCAAUGUUUACAACGAUAUGUACGAGAAACAUUAUGUCCAAUAUGUGUUAAUAUGUCAUCAACAUCCAUGUCAUCUAUACAUUAUGAUAACAAUAUAAAUGAACCGUUAUGUGAAAAUGAUUGUCAUUAUGUUAUAAAAACAUGUUUCGAUCAAACGAAUAAUCCGUAUGUAACUUUUGCUGUGGUUGCUCAAGGUUAUUCAAAUGUUAUAAAACAAAUUCAAGAAUCAGUUAUUGAACUCAAGCUUGUUGAACGUCUUUCGAAAUUACAUAUUUAUUUAUAUGAUAUGGUUAUUAAUGCAACAAAUAAUCGACUAACUUAUACACAAUUACAGAAUACAUGUUCAAAUCCAAAAGAAAAACCUUAUAGUCCUAUUCUUUCUCUACCUCCAAUAAUAAGUGAACGACGUGAACUUGUUACAAAAUGGAAUGAAUCAUUACAUUCAAUGCUCAAUCAACUUCAAACAUCAAUUAACAAUCUCAAUAGUACCCUUAUGCAACAUAUAAUCACUAAUAUUUGUUCGAAUUCAAAUUAUGCUGUCAAAUCGAAUCGCUGUACGCAAAUUGAUCAACAUACGCCUGGAGAUUUCAGUCAAUGGCCACUUCCAGUAUCUGAAUUACAGACAAAAAUAACAUCAAAUAUAAAUAAUGAAUCAACACAAAAUCAACUUGCUGAUUUAAAAAAAAGGAUGAUACCUAUACAAGAUAUAAUUAUGUCACUUAAACCAAAGAGAAAAUAUGGUCUUAUGGAUUAUGUUCCAGAGUUUGAAUAUGAUGAUAAUACUGACAUAGACGACAAUGAUACUGAAUCACGAUCACCAUCAGUAGAAACAUAUGAAAAUGAUGAAGAUGAACCACUUAGUGAACAAAUUUAUAAAGCCAUUGAUGAACAAACAUCUCGUAAUAGAAAUAAAUCUUAA